AUGCAGUCAAUGAUGAAGGAAGGUGGUUUUCAACUGAGGAAGUGGAGCUCUAGUCAUCGUGAAGUUUUGAGAGAUCUGCCACCAGAGUUGAUCGAGAACGCUACAAAAUUGAACCUGGAACCAGAAAAUCAUAUUAAAACACUUGGUAUAAUUUGGGAGACGGAAUCAGAUCAACUUGGGAUUGAUGUUAAGGCCACGCUGAAUCACGAUCCAUGGACAAAACGGAAAAUAUUUUCGGCCAUUGCACAGCUUUACGACCCACUUGGUAUAAUAUCACCUGUGAUAAUGUGGGCAAAAAUCCGGAUGCAACAUCUUUGGGCAGCUGCUCUCGGAUGGGAAGAUCCGAUUCAGGAUACUGUCGGGGCCAGUUGGAAUGAAUUUUACGAGCAGUUGCCAUUUUUGAAAGAGUUUAGAGUCUCUCGCUUUCUUUUUACAACACCUCGAUCGAGCAUACAAUUUCAUGUUUUCUCCGAUACUUCAGAGGCCGGAUACGGUGCUUGUAUUUAUGCUCGAUCAACCAGCAAGGAAGGAACAACUAAAAUCGAGAUCAUAGCAUCUAAAUCACGUGUAGCUCCAAUCAAACGGCUGAGCUUGCCACGAUUGGAGUUGUGUGCUGCACUCUUAGGAGCCAAAUUAUACGCGAGAGUUUCUGCAGCGCUGAGGAUGGAGGGGAAUCCUUGCUGGUUUUGGUCGGACUCAACAGUGACAUUGCAUUGGAUCAAAUCGCCGCCAAAUACAUGGCAGACCUUCGUCGGAAAUCGUACGUCCGAAAUACAAUCGCUAACGCAUGGUCGCUACUGGAAUCACGUGAAAGGGUCUGAUAAUCCUGCUGAUUAUGUUUCACGUGGCAUGCUCCCGGCAGACUUUCUCGUUAUCAAAUCCUGGCGAUUCGGCCCAGAUUGGUUGACAAUGGAAGAAAAUGACUGGCCAAAACACGACGAUACUAAUCCACCGUCUGAAGAAGAUCUGGAAAGAAGGAAAACUGUAGCUGUGGUUCAAACUUCGAUAGAAAUAUUUUUCUUAUUCCAUCGUUAUUCGUCCUUCACAAACCUUGUUCGGAUUACUGCUUUCGUCCUUCGUUUUUGUCGAUUAUAUCGCCGUAAAAAAUCCCAGUUGAAGCUGCAAGAAUUUCUCACAGUACACGAGCUGAAAGUUGCAAAAGAAACGUUAGUAAAAUGCGCCCAGCAGGAACAAUUCGCAGAUGAAUUAAAAACCCUGAAAACAAAUAAUAUGGUUUCACUAAAAUCAUCGAUAAAGCUAUUGCACCCCUUCCUCGAUGAAAACGGCAUAAUUCGCGUCGGUGGCCGACUUCAGCGGUCCAAUGAAACAUACAUCACGAAGCAUCCCAUGAUUAUACCAAAUAACCACCCCCCAUCUCGCCUCAUCGCAGUAUAUUUUCACGCCCUUUGUUUACACUCGGGUCCCCGAAUGACGCUAGCCACAAUCCGCCGAGAAUUCUGGCCGAUCAAUGGUACCAAACUAGCUAAUAAUGUGUGUCGCAAAUGCCCUAAAUGCUUUCGCAUUAGCCAAACCCCAAUUACCCAACCUGUAGGCCAACUUCCGAAAACACGCACUAUUCCUAGUCGACCCUUUUCAAUCACCGGCGUCGACUACUGUGGCCCCAUCUACUUAAAGCCAACGCAUAGACGAGCUGCAUCACGAAAGGCUUAUAUUGCUGUAUUCGUUUGCUUUUCUACCAAAGCAGUGCAUCUUGAACUAGUUUGUGACUUAACAACUGAAGCAUUUAUAGCCGCACUCCGUCGUUUCGUCGCACGUCGUGGUUUACCCAUGGAAGUACAUUCGGACAAUGGGACUAACUUCGUUGGUGCAAAAAAUAUACUGAAUGAACUCUACAACACGAUGAACAGUAAGAAGCACCUAGACACAGUCACGCAUGAAUGCAGUAGCCGAGGAAUCACUUGGAACUUUAUACCUCCGAGAACACCAAAUUUUGGCGGCCUUUGGGAAGCAGCAGUGAAAACAGCAAAGACUUCACUCACCAAAACAAUAGGCACAACACAAUUAUCGUUUGAGGACUUCUCAACUGUUCUUACACAAAUCGAAGCAAAUAUGAACUCCCGUCCACUCACUCCAUUGUCAGAAGAUCCUGGAGAGUACGACGUUCUAACUCCGAGUCACUUUCUAAUCGGAACACCACUAAAUUCAAUGCCCGAUCCCGAUUAUUCGCACACACCGAUAAAUCGUCUUCGCCAUUACCAGCAAUUACAAAAAUUGAUACAGGAUCACUGGAUACGCUGGAGAAAAGAGUAUCUGUCGGAACUCAACAACCAACGCAAACGAACAUCACUUCCAAUCGAUAUACGCGUGGGGCAGAUGAUCCUUGUACAGGACGAAAAUAAACCUUCGAUUGCUUGGCCACUUGGUAGAAUUGAGUCAACUCACCCAGGAGAAGAUGGUGUCGUCAGAGUAGUGACGAUAAAAACAGCCAAUGGGUCAUACAAACGACCGGUAUCCAAGAUAUUUCCACUACCGUUCGAUCGCGAUGUCACUACAGCACACUCCGAAUUAAUGAACGAGAAGAAUAUGAAACAAACAUUGUAA